AGAGGAAGGAAGGUAGUCAAUGUAGAGAAACCUUCAGCCAGAUUCCAAAUCUUAAUGAAAAGAAAAAAACUACUGCAAUAAAACUACCUACAUCCAAGUUGUGUAGACAAGUCUUCAUGCACUAUUUAUCCUUUAAUAACCACAUGAGCUCUCACACUAGACCCCAACUAGACCAAUGUCAGGAAUAUGAAGAGAAGCCUUAUAAAUGUAAGCAAUGUGGGAAAGCUUUCAAGCAUCUUCGGUACAUUCACGUACAUGAAAAGAAACACAGUGGAGAAAGGCCCUAUGAAUGUACAAAAUGUGGUAAAGCCUACAGGUACUUAAGUAACUUAUGUCGACAUGCAAGAACUCAUAGUCGAGAGAAAUUCUAUGAGUGUAAGAAGUGUGGGAAAGCCUGGAGUUCUCUCCCCUUAUUUCAGAGACACAUGAUCAAGCACACUAGAGAUGGACCUUUUAAAUGUAAGGAGUGUGGAAAAGAUUUCAGAUGUCCAAGAAACUUCCGAAGUCAUGAAAUGAUACACAGUGGAGAAAAGCCUUACGAAUGUAAAGAAUGUGGUAAAGCCUUCAGUUUUCUCAAAUAUCUUAAAAAUCAUAAAAGAACUCAUGAUGGAAAGAAGCCUCAUGAAUGUAAGGAGUGUGGGAAAGCCUUCCGUUAUCCCACUUCCCUUAGAAAUCAUGAACGAUCUCAUACCGGGGAGAAACCCUAUGAAUGUAAGCAAUGUGGGAAAGCCUUCAGUCGUCUCAGUUACUUUCAAAUUCAUGAAAAAACUCAUAGUGGAGAGAAACCGUAUCAGUGUAAGCAAUGUGGCAAAGCUUUCAGUUAUCCCAUGUACUCUCGAGUACACGAAAGAACACACAGUGGAGAAAAGCCCUAUGAAUGUAAGGAAUGUGGUAAAGCCUUCAGUUUCUCAAGUAGUUUUCGUAAACAUGUGAAAACACAUUCUAGAGAUAAAGCCUGUUAAUGUAAAUGUGGGAGAGCCUGCUUUUAUCUUUCAGCUGUGCAUCACAUGUGGUAACCCAGAUUGGA